AUGCUUGAUCUUAGAGGCCUCACUCCAGCACCAGUAACACCAUUCUUGCCUAGUGGAGAGGUUGACUACGAUGCUAUUCAACGCCUUGGCUCCUGGCUUGGCUCUAUCGAUGGUGUAAAGGGUCUUGUCGUCCUUGGUCAUGCUGGUGAAGGCACCUUUCUCACACCUGACGAGCAAUGCGAGGUCAUUCGAGCCUUCGUCAAAUCCGUGGACAACAAAAUCCCAAUCAUAGCUGGAAUUACCUGCGAAGGUACAGAAGUCGCCGCCCUCGAAGCCAAACGUGCCAAAGAAGCAGGUGCUCAGGCUGGCCUUCUUUAUCCAUCUCAUGGCUGGCUGCGCUUCGGCUAUCAACCAGACGCACCUCAAGAUCGUUAUAGACGCGUCUACGAGGUCAGCAAGCUACCACUGAUCUUGUUCCAAUACCCAGACAACACAAAGGCCACGUACAGCUUGCAGACCAUGCUCGACAUCAGCGCCCUUCCAGGAGUAUUCGCGAUGAAGAACGGUGUACGUAACAUGAGGCGAUGGGACACUGAAAUCCCUGUCAUCCGAGCUCAACGCCCAGAAUUACAGAUCUUAACGUGUCACGAUGAAUAUCUGAUCCACACGGCUUUUGAUAUCGAUGGCUUCCUAGUCGGCUACGGUAACAUCGCGCCAGAAUUGCUCGUCGAGCUUAUCAAAGCUGGAAAGGCAAGAGAUUUCACGCGAGCAAGAGCAGUUCACGAUCAAUUAUUGCCGGUGACUAAGGCUGUGUAUCAUCGUGGCUCACACAUGGAAGGUACAGUGGCGUUGAAGCAUGCUCUUGUUGCACGAGGAAUCUUGAAGGACGCGACUGUUCGCAGCCCACUGAUGCCUUUGCCUGAUGGUGCCGAGGAAGAAAUUCAUGCUGCGGUUCGAGCUGCUGAGCUGGGUGUUGUAGGAAACGUUGGUGCUGCUGCUGGCGCUCAAAAGCAGGGUGCGCCGCUGCCUAGUGCCAUGCAGGCAAAGGCUACGAACGGAAUCAAUGGACAUUGA